AUGAUGCCAAGCUUCUGGUUCUACAAGCUCAAGGAUGCACCCAAAUCCAACCGAAGCCACACCAUCCAAAACGCCAUGAAACUGAGGAGGUGUCAAUUUCAAUCAUCACCAUCAUUGCCACCGCCGUUGCCACUUCCCAGGAGAGCUUCCAGCUACAUCUCCACUAGAGAAAGAACAGAAAGAUUAGUCCCUCACUCACCCAUCAACCACAAGGCUUCAGACACUUACUUCCCCGUUGGCUCCCCGAGGAAGUCCUCGCCAAACACCCCAAGGAAGGCCACCAUUCCAACUACGUCCCCCUCGGUUCGCGACAAGUCAGGGAAAUUCGAGGGAUCGGAAGAAUUGCUCGAGCUCAGGCUUCCUCCAAUUUUGACAAAGCCGGUCGAGGAUCACGGUGAGAAAGAAACUGAGCAGGUGGAACCGAGGUCCCCGAGGCUCGGGGCAAGGAAGCAGAGGGAGACAUUUCUAGCUGAGAGCUUGGUGGUGGUGAAGUCAUCGGCUGAUCCACAGAAGGAUUUCAGGGAAUCAAUGGUGGAAAUGGUGAUGGAGAAAGAUCUCAGAAGGCCUAAGGAGUUGGAGGAGCUGCUCAUGUGCUAUUUGUCCUUGAAUUCAAGGAAGUAUCACGGGAUCAUUCUCAAAGAGUUCAAGAAAAUCUGGGUUGCCCUCGUUCAGCAUGAAUUACAUCUCUGA